UUCUCAGAGACUAAGAGAGGUCGACCAUGUUUGUUCAGAAACACAACAAAAGACGAGUGGAUUUAAGUGAAUUCAGUCAGUUUGGAAAACAGGAUUGUUACUGAGGUGGUUGAACUGAUUUAUCCAGAAGAACCCAGCAGCAGGGUGAGUGAAGGGUCGAUGUCCCGCCCCCAGGAAGGGUCUUUUGUGCCAUUGCUCUACAGUAGCAGCUCGCAGCUCGUUAGCAGCAGAAGUGGUUUAUCGGUGGAAAAAGUCUACUUGGACGACCACACGGAAAAAAAGACACCUCCAUACACGCUAUAAAAGCAGGAGCUGGACGCUGGAGUGCUGUACGGAAACCAUAAAGUCGGUUUUGGACGUCUGUCUCCGGGGAGUGCUGCUUUAUGCUUUAUGGAUUUUGAACGACCAGACAGACCAUUUUCUGAAAAAUAAACAAAAAGUUUGAAACAAGUUUCAAAACUGGAUGUUGCAUUGAAUCACCAUCACCAAGGAUUAACUUUUGCUUGUUCUUGGAGACAAAAAUAGUGACAAACUGCUAAGAAAAGGUCACCUGAUCCAUUAUAUAUAUAAAUUCAGGACAAUACAAAGACAAAAAAAAGAGGGAUAUUGAACUUCCUGAUUAGAAGAGAAACAUUUUUCGCUGUUCUGUUGCAGGACUCGUACUUUCUCCAACCUGCAGGCGUAUAAUUUUCUAUACUCUGAGCAGGUGUAUUAUAUUUAUGCAUAUAAAUGAUUAUUUCUCUUCAUUUGGAAGAGCAUUUGUGUUAAACCUAUUCCUGUGACGUCAGUGGCUCUCCUCUGAAGAGGUUGCACUGUACAUGUACAUAGGUGUGUAUGUCUGUAAAUGCUAAACAACUUAAUUGAGAUUAUAUUAUACCAUUGUAAAUAUUUUAUUAGAACUUUUAUAGACCAGUUAUAAAACAAAAAGACAAAAAGUGAUAAAGAUAACUGGUGAACAUUUUGAUAAAAUAAACUAAGAAGAAGAAGAAGACAAGACUUGAUGGCUACUGCAAAGAUGGAGAACGUAGGUGCUGUUGUAAUGGGGAUCAGCAAGCAGAACGGGCAGCUCAGAGGACUGAGCUCUCAAUCAGGAUCCACCAUUCAGAGCAAUCCGUUUGCGAGAGUUUCUACUGGAGGCCAAAAACCUGCUGCAGACUCACAGGAAGGACCUGGAAUCAGGUUUGGUGAAGACUGGAAAAAGAGCCUGCAGCUUCCACCCAAAGACAAAAGAGUGAAAACUUCUGAUGUGACGGCCACAAAGGGAAAUGAGUUUGAAGACUACUGCUUAAAGAGGGAGUUACUCAUGGGGAUCUUUGAAAUGGGGUGGGAGAAACCUUCCCCAGUCCAGGAGGAGAGCAUCCCCAUUGCUCUCUCUGGUCGUGACAUCCUGGCUCGUGCCAAAAAUGGGACAGGAAAGAGUGGAGCGUACCUGAUUCCCAUGCUGGAAAGGAUAGACCUGAAGAAAGACUAUAUCCAGGCCUUAGUAAUGGUGCCCACUCGUGAGCUUGCACUACAGGUCAGCCAGAUCAGCAUUCAGCUCAGUAAGCAUCUUGGUGGAGUCAAAGUCAUGGCCACCACUGGCGGAACAAACCUACGAGAUGACAUCAUGCGUCUGGAUGAGAUCGUGCAUGUUGUCAUAGCUACACCAGGCAGGAUACUGGACUUGAUCAAGAAGGGUGUAGCGAAAGUGGAUAAAGUUCAAAUUAUGGUAAUGGAUGAGGCUGAUAAGCUGCUCUCCCAGGACUUUGUAGUGCUCAUUGAGGAUAUCAUCAGCUUCCUGGACAAGAACAGGCAGAUUUUGCUGUAUUCCGCCACCUUUCCCAUCACUGUGCAGAAAUUCAUGGCCAAGCAUCUGAGGAAGCCCUAUGAGAUUAAUCUGAUGGAAGAGCUGACGCUGAAGGGCAUCACGCAGUACUAUGCCUAUGUUACUGAGAGGCAGAAGGUGCACUGCCUCAACACACUCUUCUCCAGGCUACAAAUCAAUCAGUCCAUCAUCUUCUGCAACUCAACACAGAGAGUGGAACUGCUGGCCAAGAAAAUUACCCAACUGGGCUACUCCUGUUUCUACAUCCAUGCCAAGAUGAUGCAGGAGUACCGAAACCGUGUUUUCCAUGACUUCAGAAAUGGGUUGUGCAGAAAUCUGGUCUGCACAGAUUUGUUCACGAGAGGCAUCGACAUCCAGGCAGUGAACGUGGUCAUCAACUUCGACUUUCCGAAGAAUGCGGAGACGUAUCUGCAUCGCAUCGGGCGCUCAGGGAGGUUUGGCCACCUGGGUCUGGCCAUUAACUUAAUCACAGCCGAGGAUCGCUUCAACCUGAAAGCCAUCGAGGACCAGCUGGUGACUGAUAUCAAGCCCAUCCCCAGCAACAUCGAUAAAAGUCUGUACGUGGCCGAGUUCCACUCAACCAACGAUGAGGCAGAGGAGCAGGAGACACAAGAAAACCCCUAAAGUACCACCAGAACUGGACAAGUCAGUGCCACGACGAAGCUGUGUGGAAAUGGUGUUGAAUGAAUGGAUGAAUUGAUUUGUCUGUGUGUGUGUGUGUGUGUGUGUGUGUGUGUGUGUGUGUGUGUGUGUGUGAGCAUAGCCUAAUAUUGGUGAAGUAUUUUACAUUUUCAGUUAGGCAGUAUGAAUCCCUGCGCAACGUUUCUUUCUUCCUCGUAGGAUCUAAACGUAACAUUAUAUAUGCUGUCCUAUCCUCAGGACAAACCUGGCUUUGCACAAAUAUCAGCUUUUGCGUGCGCACACACACGCACACACACACACACACACACACACCAUUUGGGCCCUGAGUGUCCAGUGGUAUCUUUGUGUUUACUUUUUAUUUCUAAAAUUUGUCAAGGAUUGUAUCACUGGCUGAGCCAAACAUGUAUUAUGCUUUGCACCGGAAAAAAACCGACACAUAAAGAACAAAAUACAUUCCAGAGUUCACUUCAGACUUGGAUUUAAAAAAAAAAAAAAAAGUCUACUUUGGAUAGAGGAGUAAGGAUUUGGCUUAAAACAACCUUGUUUUAAAAAAAGGGCACUGUCUGGAGUGGAUAUUUAUCAUAACUAUUAAGAUUUGAAGGGUUUCCCUAUCAGCUGGAUGAAACAAAUAAGACAAGAAUCUUAUAAAUACUGCAAAAUGCUGCGUUUGCAAAGUUCGCUCAAGGAAUAUAAGCCUAAAGGCCACAACCUGCCAGAUACAGAAGCAUUUUUUUUACUCACUAAAGUGCCUUACUCCAUUAGAUACAACAGUUUUGUUUCAGUUUAUAGAGAUUGUGUUUAAAGGCAUAGUGGUGCUACUUUAGAGUUAAAGAUGCGUAGUUUCCUCAUAUGAUCCAUCAUGCAAAGGGACAACAUGAUAAGGUGUUGGCAUGUUCCUAGGCUAUGGAGUAAUAUGGUAGAUCUCAAGAAUUACACAAAACUGGGGGGGAAAAAACGAUUUGGUGCUCAAUUUGGUUGUGGAAUAUUGAUUAGAAAUCUGUGGCUCUAAAUUAUCUACAAUUUUAUAAAAGGCUCUGAAGGAAACUCAUUCAGCGUUUUCAUGCGUAGCUCAUCAUUGCAAUAAGUCAUGGCAGCUAAAAAUGAGUGUGUGACUGAAGCCUUUUUAACGUUUCUAUUGUUUUCUAAUUCAAAAAAAAUAAACCACAUUCCUAGCCUAAGUAGCUUAAUACCAUUUUUGUCUUGCUGCAGAUCAAAUUUUAAUCCCACUAAUGAAAAGAAUAAAAAAUAUUAUUAGUGUGUGGUAAAGGGCAGGGGUCUAAAACAUCACACACACACAAACGUAUGUGCACAUUUGCAGGUCAUUUUGAGUAUUUUGAGGUUUAUUCUCUCUUUUUAAUAGAAGACCUCUGUGUGCAAAGCAUAAAAUCAUACUCUAUCGCUUUUGUUUGAGUCUGUAGCCAGGUUAAUAAUAAUAAUAAUAAUAAUAAUAAUAAUAAUAAUAAUAACCUUGCUCUUUACUUUAACUGGGUAUGAGUGAAUGUAUAAAAAACAUAUUUGUUAUAAAUGAGUCAACAAAUUUGCUUGAAUGACUCUCCUAAAUCUGUAGAUUGAAGCGGAUUUGUGGAAUUUGAAAGCAAACUGUAGCAUCUUUUAAUAUUGUGGCAGCUGUGAUAAUUUUCCGCUUAAAAUACUCCUUGCCCCCCCCCCCAUUUCGCUUGAGACUCUUGCUAAGAAAGAAGUAGUAGUGUGUAGCGCUUAUAUAGCUUUUAUAGCAUUUAAUGUAGAAACCUGAGUUUGUUUUAGGUUCCAGCUCUUAACCCCGAGCCUAGUUGGUGAAGCUGUUUGUUAUGAAUGCAACAGAUAAAACUGCAGUCAAAUUGUUUGGAGUUCAGGACGUUUUCAGAAGUUUGUGCGAAAUUGAAUGCAGUUUGGGGAAAGCCUUUUUCAACUCUGGUGUAAUUUGUUGUACCUGAUUUAAAAAAAAAAAAAAAAAAAAAAAAAAAAAAACAACCCUGAUAUUAGUUCUCCUCAUGCUCGUGUUCGUUUCUCCUCUCAGUGAUAGUUUAUCUUGUAACUGUAAAGGGGCAGGUGUUUUCUUUUCCUGUGGGAUCUUUCAGAGUGUGUGUGUGUGUGUGUGAAUGUAAAAUCUUGCUUCGUAGCUUACAGAAGAAAGAGUGUAAAGACGUGUCUCGGGGGAUUUCUUUCAGCUGUUUGGUAAAAUUGAUGACACUGCCUUUCAGGACUUGAGCUAAAGCAUAACCAAAAAGUGUGAGACUGUGUGUGAGACUGUGUGUGAGACUGUGUGUGAGACUGUGUGUGAGACUGUGUGUGAGACUGUGUGUGAGACUGUGUGUGAGACUGUGUGUGAGACUGUGUGUGAGACUGUGUGUGAGGAAAAGAGUACCUAAACUGUGAGAUGAGAUGUGUGCCUGUUUUGUGUACUUUAUAGCUGGUGUCUAUUUGUAUGUAUGUUGAUACAUUUGCAGCUGUAUGUGUGUGUGUGUGUGUGUGUGUGUGUGUGUGUGUGUGUGUGUGUGUGUGUGUGUGUGUGGGUCUACGGUGAAUGUAUGUAUGUAUGUUUGCAUACGUGUGCGUUCGUAUGUAAAGUCCUCGGUGUCCUUCUCGCAGAGAUGGCGUUCGAAGUAAUUGCUGGCAAAACAAAAUUAUACAUGCUGCGUCUGUGAUUGGAGCAUUCAACGAAACCAGCGGGAGUAUUCCAGCUUGUAAGAUUGUCAAAGUUUUGGCUUCUCACAACAAGCCUCAUUACGCUGACAGUAUACCGAGGCGUUGCCACGUUCAAUCCCAAAUGUUAGUAUUAGUAAACACAAUUAGGGCUUUACAUAAAGUUAACAGUCAAAAUCUGAGCCAAUAACUUCACAAAUAAAUAUUUCUGUUGUUGCAAAUGAAUUGUAAUAUGCACAGUGAUGAUUGCAAAAGUGUUUUGAAAGUGUUUUGUCCUUUAGUUCUUAGUUUUGAGGCACAAUAGAAGAGAACGCACUGUCUACAAAGUGUCUAACACAGUGAAUCAACUAAACACUGAAUUUACUGGAAAAUAAUAAUAAUUUUAAAAAUCCUGUCAUGUUCACUAAUAUACGAUGGCAUUUUAGGGCCACUGUUUAAAAAAAAUGUUUUGAGAAAUAUAAUGUAAUAUUAUGAGAAAAGUUGAAAUGUUUCAAGAAUAAAGGUGUAAUAUUUCAAUAAAAAGGUCAUAAUACUAUGAGGAAAAAAGUCGCUGUAUUUUGAGAAUGAGGUCAUAAUACUAUGACAGAAUGAUGCAAUGAAAAUAAAGAAAUACUUUACAAAUGAAGAAAUGCUUAAUCUUCUGGCAGAUCAGCACCAGAUAAUUAUUAGUAUUAGAGCUUUGAAAGAAAUUUUGUUUCUUUAGAAGGAAGAACCACAAGAACUUGUGUCUCUUGGAAAUUGUGUCUCUUGUUGAAGGAGAAAUGGCAGGCAGCGGCUCUCAAGGCUAUUGGUGGUUACAUCUGCAGCGUAACAGGUACAACGCCGGUGUUCUCAGUACAGCAGUUUAGCCCCGAUGUCUUAUGGCUUAUUAACUCUCCAUCAGUUUAUCUUUCGAGUCCAUACGCCAUAACGUGUUGGGGACACCGAACGUGACAGAGUUCCACUCCUUCAGGAUCGAUCGUUCUGAUUAACAUUCAUCUACACACCCUCUUUGAACAGCACGCAGAUGUAACCAUUGAUAGCCUUGAUUUCUCCUCCAACAAUAGAAAUGAUAGCUUCAACAAAUCCUCAACAUCCCUCAUUUUAAUACAUAAACUCCAUAUGUAGCAUUUUAUAAUAGUAUUAUGACUUUUUUCUUGAAAUAUUGCUGCUUAUUUCUUUUAAUAUUAUGACUUAUGACUUUUUUCUCUCAAAGCAUUGCAACUUUUUCUCCUGAAAUUUUUAUUCUUGAAAUAUUACUAACUUGUUCUCAAAAUAUUACUUAUUACUUUAUUUUCCAAAUAUUACAAAUUUAUUCUCAUAAUAUUUUUUUCUCAAAAUAUUCAACCUUAUUUUUGAAAUCAAGUUUUUUAAUUUUUUUUUUUUAUUUUGGCCCUAAAACACUGUCGUACUAAUACGCCUUUAAAAAGAACUGUUCUAUUUUUCUAAACCACCUCGAGCAUUCUGUUUUAGACAAUCUGACCAGCAUGUUUGUUUACUUUUGGUUCUUUAAAAAAUGUUUUCGGCUUAAGUGGAAGGGGCAUGGACGAUUCUGGAGUUUGGUGGGUUCCUAUUUUUUUUUUUUUGUUUGUUUUUUUGUUUUGUUUUGUUUUGUUAGAGCUCAGCUGUAGACAUUGUAUUGCAGGUAAAUUUUAAAAAAAAACAAAAAAAAAACAGAAGCCUAUCUACAGCAGUGAAUCAACAGAAAUGUAUGGGGCAAAAAUCUUAGCAUUACUUUUUUUUUUUUUUUUUUUUUUGCCUGUACACACAUUGCAGAAGCUCAGAAUUCGUUCUGUCAAUUUUUUUUUCUCCAGUGUUCUUUUCAAGCUGCCUCAGCACUGAGUGAGAGAUGUUGAGCUUUGUUCACGGAAACUGAAUUCGGCUAAAGGGGUGGUUUUGUUAUGGAAAAAUAGUUAGUGUCCAAAGCAUGAAUAUCCUCAGGGCCAAUUUUCGAAGGAUGAAUGAUCCACUGAGUUCCAAGAUGAAAUACACCCUGAAAUAUUGGCAUUGUUUCAGUGAUGUAUUCCAGGCACAUCUUCCAUCUGAUCCAGAGGAACAGAUACAUCUACGUAAAAAUUCUAUACUAGCUAAACGUCACUGAUGUCUUUUUUUGUUGUUGUUGUACAGAAUACAACCAGAAACAGGAAUUCGGUAUAAGGAUAAUGUUUAUAAUAAUGUUUGUUGAUUGGCUCAGAGCUUAUCAAACCAAGAUUCUUGUGAACACUGUCUCUCCCUCUCUCUCUCUGAUUUGCUGUGUCUUAAAGUAAGCUAAACUCAAGCAGGGGAUGUGUUUGGAAAAAAUAAACUAUUACCUGCAA